CGUUUAUGAUUCAGUUUGGCAUUACAAGGCCAUUUUGUUAGUAUUUCAUAGUUAUGAUUCAACUUAAAUGGUCUCAACACUGAAACUAGACGCAUGAGGAAGAUUUGUAUUUAGAGAAGCUGAGGCAUCCCAGGGGGAUCAUUAGCUGUCUUCAGGAUGUUAUAAAGCACGUCAGUCAACCCGCCACUUAGAUUUCCUUCAGUUAAACUAUAUGAUAUAAUCCAGAAAAGCAGUAUGCACUGGGAGAAAUCACCUCCAUCAGCACUGGCCAGGCCCAAACCAUAUCAAGGUGUUCGAGUCAGAGACCCGGUCAAAGAGCUGCUGAGGAGGAAGAGGAGUCUGGAGCCUCACAGUACCAAAACAGCGCCCCCUGCUGUGGAUGUGGUUGCACCACACAACCAGUCAUCAUACUCGCAAGGCAUCUUUGGCUCUGACAUUGCCAGCAGCUCCCCAACUGAGCCUUCUGCCAUUACAGUCAGUGAUGGAGGGCUGCAGUGUGCAGGAUGGAAAGCUGCACCCCCUUCCACCAGCGUUGGCCUGCAGCCUGCUGUGACACCGUGGUCUUCACCUGACUACAACCAGCAGGACCGCUCAGCUCAGACUCUGGCCUACUCAGGCACCCCCACCCUCACUGCUGAUGUGUACAUGCAGACGCUGUGUCCCAGCUACACCAUGCUGACCUAUACACACGCACCACUGCUCACUAACUUUGGGACCAUACCUAUGACCCCUGCACCAGCAUCCCUCCCUCAGAUGGAACUCCCAGAUUCUGGGCUGACUUACCUUCCCUGGGCCCAGCCCCUCACCACCAUAUCGACUAUGCCCAACCCGGGGGUUCAGUUUGCCCCUGGGUCUGCAGCCCUGCCUGGGUCACCUCUGGUCCACAUGCCCCUGUCCAUGUCUUUGACCACCAUGAUACCCCAGAUGGAGGCUCAGGGUAUAGAUCCUCACCCGCAGAUACCGGACCUCCCGCAGCGUUCAGACCACCAGCUGGAAGCUGAGCCACAGUCUCUGGAUGAAGAUCCAGGGGUAGAGUCAGAAACCCCAAGCCUCCUGGAUAAACUUCUGGAGGAUCAAAAGGAUGAUGGCAGCGAGGAGGACAAAGAGUCGUACAACAGCUCACUGUUCAUUCCUAAUGUCUGAGAAUAUGAGCGUUCCUCUGUCCAUAGAAUGCAGUAUUUUUAAAGGACAAUUUGAGGUCAUCACAAUUUGGGUACUUAUUUUGUAGCGGUGAUCAUAAUGUCUAUAGAUUGUGAAAUCACCGUCAUUACUGAGAACCAAACUCCAAACUACAACUCCCUGGAUCAAAGAUCUGGUAUCAAUACGACAUGAGGACAUUUUUUAGUGUGUAUUAAUGUUAUUAUAUUCAUGUUAAAUGAUUAAUUUGUUAACUUCUCCAGUGAUGACAUGCUCUUAUAUUAUUAUGUUUUUUUGUUGAGUGUUUUACUAUAUUAUAAAGGGGGCUAAUUUAAAGUGUUACAGAGCCAAUCAGACUCUUGUGUCUUGGCCUCAUCUGACAUCUUGAUAGUGACCUUGCCUGCUCCCCCCCCCCCAGAAUUAACUUUAAUGUUGUUAGUUACACCUGUUGUUUAUACUUUUAUAAAUGAACAAUUAGCCAAUUAAUGACAAUUAGAAUACCUUCUACUAUUAAUAUUUUUAUGCAUAUAAGAUGUAGCGAAGGGAAAAGCAAGCCCCCACCCCCUAUUUUUUUAAUUUUUUUUUUGGUAGAAUGCAGUUUAGAAUCAUUAUUUUAUACUUAUGUGUUCUGAUAUAAUGUAAAUUUCUAUUUGCUCUGACUGAUGGGCUUUUGGAUGUUUUAAGACUAUUUUUGAAUAAGAUAUUAAUGCUUGCCUUACCUGUAAAAUCUGUCUUUAACACUGCCAGUGAACUAGCAUCUGUAGAAUGAUCAUGUUGUCAUUCUGAACUGCUGGUUUUAUUUUUGUUUUAUUUUUUUGCAAGCUGAUGAUUUGUAUCAAAACAGCUGGGCUCCUGCUCAUAGAAGCAGGGUGCCCAAAUAAUUAAUUAAGUAUUGUCUGUCCUCUGAAAUAUUAAAUAGCUUCUCCCACCCCUGAUCAAUAAGACACUGUACAUUUCCAUUAGGGUCAUUAUGAUAUACCUGUACUGACAAUUACUGCGAUAGUGAACCAUGAAAUAUUAAGUAUCAGGUUAAUAAUACACUUAUGACCUUA